AUGUCGGGACUUUCCUAUGAGUUUGUUCGCGUCUCCGUGUUAAAUUCCUCGCUACUUCAAGAAAUAAUCUGUAAAAAUGGGGAGUACCGGAGUAACAACAUCUGCUGCAAGUACUGCCCAGCUGGUACCCAUUUGAAAUCCGACUGCACUGUGCCAGGUGAAAAGGGGCAGUGUGAGGAAUGUGAAGAUGAAACUUACACUGAGCACGACAAUCAUCUCCAAAAAUGUAUUGGAUGCACGCAGUGUCGUUCAGAUCAAGAAAUUGCCCAGGCUUGUAGCAAAACUCGAAAUAGUAUAUGCCGGUGCAAAGAGGGAGGAUUCUGUACACCUGAACAACCAUGUGAGAUGUGCAAGAAGUGUCUAAGGUGUCGUAAGGAUGAAAAGGUUGUACGUAACUGCACAGCUACCUCAAAUACGGAGUGCAAGAAAAUCCCUCUGCAGAGUGAGGCGACGCCAGGAUCUACAGGAAAUGUGCAGAAAAAUGAGGAGGGGAUGACUGAACAAACUCAAAGAAAUGGAUGCUCCCUUUUGAGCUUUACUUUGCCGCGGGUGAGCGUUCAAAGUUCAGAUGCUAAGGAUGAGUGUCAAGCACUGUUUGAAAACUCCAACAGCUCUGCCAGUAACUCGCAGCAAAAUCUAACCAGCCUGCCCCUUGCCUCUGCCCAACAAGUCCAUCUGAUCGCUAGUCAGCCCAUUUUGAAGCAGUAUGAGCCUUUCCCGGAGCUGUUUCCUGUGAAUGGCGAAGAGUCUCUCAGGAAGUGUUUCCAAUAUUUCGAGGAGAUCAGCAUCGCUUAUUAUAAGAGAUUCUUCCGUGAACUUGGCCUGAACAACAAUGUGAUCAAAACCACUGACCAAAACCAAUAUGAGGACAGGAUUCAUGAGUUACUAAGCAUUUGGUAUGAGAAAGAGGGCAAAUGUGCAUCUAUAAAUGACCUGCUAAAAGCCUUACUUGUGCUUGAUCAAAGGCUAACAGCCGAGUCCAUCAAGGAGAAAGCCUUGGAAGAUGGUCAUUACAUUUUAGAGAAAUCAUUGUAA